UUAUAAAGAAAAAAAGAUUAAAAUUUUGUUCAAAAUGACUUUACCAUUGUCAAGAAUAGAUUAUGCAACUGUGGGUGUCACAUCCAGAGGAACCACCAAAAUCUUUCCUACAACAGAACAUAGACAUACACAAAAAUUUGCUGUUGCUGAUCAUGAUGGUAUACUUUAUGUUUAUGGUAUGAAAAAAGGAGAAUUACAACUAUCAUUUAAAUCUUUGCCAGGAGUAAAGAUUAAUAAAUUAGUCCUUGGUGGUAGUGGAUAUGAUAAAAUUUAUAUUGCACAAGGAAACACUGUAAAAGGAUACACUAAGAAAGGAAAAUUAUUCUUAGAGUUUGAUACAAAUCUUAUAGAUCCUAUUUCGGCAUUAUAUGUACUUGGUCCAGAUUUAGCAGCAUGUGCGAGAGAUCUCUAUCAUAGAUACCAUGAUUGUAAGGAUGCUGAUUCUUAUUUAGCUGGUGAAAUCUUAUACGAUGUUGUACUUUUACCUGCUGAAGGCUCUAUUAUUUUUGCUAUAUUGGCUUGUGGGGAUUGUGCUAUAAGAGUUCUUCAUGGUACCAAGACUCCAGCAAUUCUUAGAUUACCAAAUAUACCUACAGUAUUAUCCAUAUACAGAGAAGGCAAUGUUGAAUCUAAAGAACGAGUUUUGGUUGGAACUAUGGAUGGAAAAGUGGGUUUACUGAUUCUUCAGGGUAACAAAACAUUAAGGAUCACUUGGCUUUUAAACAUGAAUGGAUCAGAAAUUACUUCUUUAGAUACUUAUGAAUUACAAGAUGGUCUAGAUAUACUUAUUGGCAGACAGGAUGGUACUGUUGAAGUAUAUACCUUUCCAGAAGAGGAUACUUUAGCUUCACUUCGUUAUCGUUAUAAUGCCAGUGAAAGUAUCAGUUCAGUGAUAGGAGGAAUAAUUGGAGCAGCAGGAUUUCCUGAAGUGUUGGUUACUACAUAUUCAGGACGAAUAUUUGGCUUAACUACUAAACCACCAGGACUUCUGGAAGCCGAUCAAAAUGACGGUUUGACGAAAUUGAGAUUAGAAAUACAACAAUUACAAGAAAAGCUUAAUGAAGAGAAAGAAGCAGCUAUUUUUUCAUCAGAUCCUUUAGCACCAUUGAUUCUGUCUGUAAAUUAUAGAAUGAUCUUGAAUAGAGAAGAUGUAUCAUAUUCCCUUUCUAUAGAACUCGAUACGCCGAUUGAUAAUAUUUUAAUACAAUCAGAUACUCCAAUCGAGUUAUUGGACGUGGAAAAUAAUAGUGCAGUAGUUAGUUUGUCAAUGUGUAAUCCUAAAGAAGGAAAUUUCGUUCUUGCUACCUAUCGUUGCCAAGUAAAUACUAAUCAUCUUGAAAUGAGGCUACGGACUAUCGAAGGACAACCUGGUACUUUACAGAUUUAUGUCACUUCUCAAGUACAACCAAAGUGUUGUCGUAAAAUAUCGAUACCUAUAUCCGCUCUUUCUCUUCACGUAAGACAGCAUGAAAUGGAAGACACAAAAUCUCAUAAUGAAGGACCAUUUAAUGAAUUAAAAUUAAUUGGAAAUUUUACUGUUGCAGAAAUGCAUGCUUGGCUUUCUUUUAUUUUACCUGAUAUUCCUGAAAGGCCUCAUUUGGAAGAAGGUGAAGCUACAUUGAUAUAUAUUUCAGCUUUCAUUGGGACAUUACUUAAAUGCAAAUACAAGAAAGGAAGUGCAAUUUUUUUUGGAGAAAAUAUAUCAAGUAUUAUAAUUCUUAGAGAUAUAUUAACUAGGGAGGCAACGAAGAGAAAAAUCAAAUUAGACGUCUAUUGUGAUGUUACUGAGAGUAGCAUAUCCAGAGUGUUGGAAUUAAUUCUUCCACAAUUGAAUACUGCAUACGAUUUAGUAACAAAUGUGAAAAUUUUAAAUAUUCUCGAGGAAUUGGAAUUAAAAGAAAAUUUGAAAGAAAAUCUUUGCACAGAAUAUCAGGAAUUGAUACAAAAGGAGACAGAGAUUAGGUUUCGAUUGGCGAAAGAUAAUGAAAUAUUGGAGAGAUUACAUGCAGUGAUCACGGAUCUCUAUGUCGAUUGGGAGAGAGCUAAACGUUCUCGUAGAAUUAGUAGCAAAGACGCUGCAGAUAAACUUAGCGCAGCUCUCAAAUCUAGAGAAUUGGUUCAACUUUUACAAGUUUUUACUGAUACAAGUAAUACGGUGCCCGCACCAUCUUCGAUAUCUUCGAUGAUCUAAAGACUGAGCUACGAACAUCUUAUUUCUUUUGCUUCGUGGAAAAUGCAAUAAAAAUGGACCACAGUAUUUCUAUAAAUGUCUUCACGUAAAAAAUAUAUUUUUUCAACGACGAUUCGCGAUAUAAAUGACUAACUUAUCUAGAUUUUAAAAAUGUACAUGUACAAUAUUAUCUUGAUUAUCAUUAAUUAUAUAAUACAAUAUA